UAAUCCUCUCACUUAUCCCCAUCCACUCUAUACCAAACGGAGCUCUCUAUAUUUUCUUCCUGCACUCUUCUUCUUCAUUGCUAUGGCUUCCACUCAGCCAGAAGUAGCCUAUGAUUUUUCUCCCAUGCUCAUAGUUUACAAAGAUGGCAAAGUAAACCGGCUCACCGGAAACGACGUCGUGCCCACAUCUCUUGAUCCCAAAACGAACGUCGAAUCCAAAGACCUUGUAUAUUCAUCAGAAAAUGGUCUCACCGUCAGGCUUUACAUCCCCAAAAACGUCUCUCAAAACCAAAAACUUCCUCUUCUUGUUUACAUCCACGGCGGAGGCUUCUGCAUCGAGUCCCCCUUCUCCCCUCUCUACCACAAUUACCUCAACUCCUUGGUCGCCGAAGCUAACAUCGUCGUCGUCUCAGUUCAAUACAGAAGAGCCCCGGAGCAUCAUCUUCCUUGCGCUUACGACGAUUCAUGGACUGCCCUCAAAUGGGUCGCUUCCCAUGUUAACGGAUCGGGCCCUGAAGAUUGGCUCAACUCUCACGCUGAUUUUGAGAAAGUAUUUUUCUCUGGCGACAGUGCCGGCGCCAAUAUAGCGCACAGGAUGGGCAUAAAACACGGCCUGGAAAAACUUGAAGGCGUCAACGUUGAAGGAAUUGUUCUAUGUCAUCCAUAUUUCUGGGGCAACGAAGCUGUGGCUAAUGAGACAGCUGAUGAAAACAAAAGAAAGUUUGUUGGGGCGUUGUGGCGAAUUGCGUAUCCGGAAACAACCGGGUGCGAUGACCCGUGGAUAAAUCCGGUGGUGGAUCCGAACCUGGCGAAGCUGGGGUGCAGGCGGGUUCUGGUUUUUGUGGCGGAGAAGGAUUUGCUAUGCGCAAGAGGGUGGUAUUAUCAUCAGAAGUUGAAGGAAAGUGGGUGGGGAGGUGACGUGGAGGUUGUGCAGAUCAAUGGAGAAGAACACGUUUUCCAUUUGUUCAAUCCUGGUUGUGAAAAUGCUAAGGCUAUGAUGAAGAAAACUGCGGACUUCUACAACAAUAAUUGAUCUUCAGGAUGAUAAGGCCUGAAAACGGCGGUUGUUUUCAGUAAUAAG